AUGCCGAAACGAAAGCGCUCCUCUCCAUCCGACGCAUCUGAGGCGGCGACGGCGGGUACAUCUAAACCCUCAAAUCAAGAUGCCAUAAAUGCCAUCUUCCGUGCAAACUUCGAAUCCAAAUUCGGGGCCAUAAACAUCGCUCCAGUCGCUCCAAAAGCUUCAGAUACAGAUGAUACCUCAUCAUCAUCAUCGAAGAAGAGGAGGAACACUGGUAGUAAGCAGGAUACAACAAAUAAUUCCUCCGAGGAUGACAACGAAGAUGACGACGACGACGACGAAAAUGAUUCAGACAACGAUUCAGAUUUAAACCUCGAAGGCAGCGACUCAGAAGCUCUCUCAGACGACGAGGAUAACGAUAACGACGAUAACAAUAACAAAGUAGAAGUAAUAACCUACGACUUCUCCCGCCGCGGCCCCCCACCAACCGCAAAACCCUCCCACCGCUCCUUCAUGUCCUCAAAACCGCCUUCCUCCACAGAAUCAUCAUCAACCCGCCCGCAACCUUCCUCAAAACUCUCCAAAUCCGAAGAAGCAGCCGAAGCCCUAAACCUCAAGAACGACGUCGCCCUGCGAAACCUCCUCGCCGAAUCCCAUCUUUUAGACUCAACCCUCUCCCACUCCACUGCCAAAAAUCGUCAUAAAGCGAUUGAACAAAGAAUCAUAGCGCUUGGUGGUCAACCUCUAAAGCAAAAGGGAAAUGUACCGAUGGUCAUACAGAAGGGUAUGAAAGCCAAACAGAGGUUAACAGCGGAGAAGAUUAAGAGAGAGGCGAAGGAGAAUGGUGUGAUAACGGAUAAGGAGAGUAAACGGGCGAAGGAACGGAGGAAGAAUACGGAACGACAGACCAGGAGGAAAGGUGAAGGGAGGGACGCGGGUGUGGGUCAUUCUAAGAUAGGGAAGUUUAGAGGUGGAGAGCUGAGGUUAAGCAGAAGGGACGUGGCGUCGAUGAGGGCUUAA